CCUCGUUACCGUCCAAGCCUGUGCUGCUUGUCCCCGAGUCUCUUGUUUGGUAGGCCUGGUUUACUUCUUGCUAUUGUUCUUCGGCAAUUGUGCCUACAAUGCCCAAUGAUCAUGAUGAUUGCAAGCGAGCUCUUCUCUGGUGGCCCUUUCGUAUAUAACCUGGGUCUGCAAUGUCCGCUCCACUACUUCAUCCUCCUCGUCUAGCUCUGGGAGCAUCUAGCCAGGUGCACGCGUCUUGUUCCGGUAACGAAUUCCAGUCCUUCCUUCAGUAUCACGCUCUCUAGCUGGUCUACCUGCUCUUCAAGUAUCUUCACGUCGAACGUCAGACACCAUGAUCGCCGGUCUCUCGAGAUUCAUCAACACUCUGCUUGCGCCUUUACUGGCCGUGACCGCAUUAGUCCUCAUCCUGUUCGCCUACCUGGCACCAACGCUGAUGUUGCCGACACAAGUCUCUCUCCUGACUGUCUCGCCGUCGACGGCCCUGACAUCUCCGGGUUCAUCUAAUUCGUCUGUAGAUGGACCAACGGUCUUCUUUGGUGCCCUUGGCUCCUGUGCACGGGCUAAUGCUAAGGCUAUAGUGAACUGCACCGCGCCCACGGUUUCUCCCUCUUACGACCUGUCUGUGUUGCCCUCAAAUGCACCGGAUCUGCUGGACGCGCCGACGGCCACUACACCCGUAUUCAUCGCCAUCUCCCUCGCGCUUACUGUGAUCUUCCUUUUCAUGUUCACCUUCACCGCGCACCGUGCAUACCUGGGUCGAGCCGGUGUGAUGUUCGAGCGCCCGCAAAUCCAGCGGGCUACCGCCUGGAUCGGUUUCCUAGGCUUCAUCAUUGGCAUUACCUCUUUCCUCGUGCUCUACAUGUGGUUCACGAAGGCUGUCGAUGACUUCAAUGACGACAUCAAAAAGACUGGCAGUGACGCCCCCCAGCUUGUUGCCGCUACAAGCAAUGGCUUCAUCAUGGUUUGGGUUGGCUUCGCGUUCUACGCAGUCCCACUGGUCAGCUCCCUCUCCAAGCUGCACGUCCUCACUUCCGGGGGCAAGGCGUGAGAUCGGUUACAGCAGUGCUCGCGAACAUGGACUUCGCUCGGCUGGACAUUGUACAGGGUUUUAUGUAGCUUUAGACUAUUGACGUUCAUCGCGCUUCUGUAUCUUCUAAUGCGGUCUUCUACGUGUAAUGCCCACAGGGCUGUAAUGGAACAUUGCUUGGAUUUACAUAUGCGUGGGAUGGCUCGCCUUUGCGUGCUCCCAUACGACAGCGCAUAUCUCUCACUCG